AUGGCAGACAACAAGCCCACACUCCACCACCUAGAGAACUCGCAAUCCCACCUCACGCUCUGGCUCCUAGAAGAGCUAGGAAUAGAGUACACCCUAACCAAGCACGCGCGCGUAAACGGGCGGUCACCCAGCGCCCUAACAGCCGUGAACCCCGUCGGCAAAUCGCCCACGCUCGUCACGCCCUCCGGCCGCGUUCUCACCGAACGCUCCGCCAUCGCGCUCUGGCUCAUCAACGCGUACGACGAGGGGGCCAAGUUCCGCUUACCUAGCCCUAACCCUGCUGCUGGGGGAAAUGGAAAUGGGAAUGUGAAUGGGGGGACGGAAGACGACGCGGUGCGCGAGGAACAGCUGAUUUCCUUCGGCGGCGCGACCCUGUGUCCGCUUUUGACCGUGAAGCUCGUGCUCGCGCUGCUCGUCAAACAGGCUCCUUUCCCGAUCCGGCCGCUCCCCGCGCUCGUGAGAUAUGCCGUCGAGCGCGUGUUUCUCGACGCGGAGCUCGCGAAGUUAUUUGGGUAUUUAGACGCGCAGCUGGAUGUGAGGGGGAAGGAGAGGGAGUGGUUUUUAGGAACGCGGGAGCCGACAAGGACGGAUUUCUCGUUGAUGUGGUAUGUGGAUUGGGCGGUCCAGUGGAAGUGGAUUGAUCUGGAGAAGUUUCCGCGCUUGAAGGCGUUUCAUGCUAGGUGUACGGCUAGGCCGGCGUGGCAGAGGGCGUUGGAGAAGGGGAAUGGGUAUAAUGUUGCGUUUUGGUGA